AUGUCCGGCCCCUCCGACGAGGACGCUGGCCAACCUCACUUGUAUUCGACCGGCUCGUUCACCAGAAUGGGUAGUUCAGACGCCCAGGCUUCCGUAACGGCCAAGCAGAUAGCCGAUCAGGCCGACGCCAACCACCAGUCGCUGUCGUUGUUAACGCCUGAUAGCGAGAAGCAAGAACAUGGCCCUGAUGUGUUUGAAAGACGAGGUUCUGCAGAUUCUGGUACCGGCGGAGAUGCGCAAGGUGACGAGGGUUAUGUCCUCUCAAGGAGCGUGCAGGAUCCCUCGGAAGAGCUCCCCAUCGAGCUCAUUAGCUUGACGGAUCGCUUCAUCAACUCUUUGAGCGCCAGAGUGCAUAACUCCCCUCCCACGAUCGAUAAAAUCUCCUCCAUGUUCCAAGUUUUCUACAGCCGUGCCGAGUCUCAUAUAUCCACUCAUAUAUCCGCGCUUGCAUCCCGCAUAAACCGUGAUUCGCGACCGCAGGUGCAGACGAAGCCAAGAGGAAGUGCGCUGUCGGUUCUGGCUAGCAAACGCUCCCAGGACGAUGUUCGACAAGGCAGUGGGGGCCGCCAGAUGAUGACUGCGGAGGAGGUCGCUGAGAGACGCAAAGCACGCAAGGCCCUUGAGUACAAGCGCGUUGCAUUGGAAGAGGCCGCGGAACGGCGAGUAUGUGAACUUGUCUAUGACAAGAUUUGGAGACACAAGAGCACUUUAGAUGAUGUUCGGGAUGAGAAAUUGCGUUCCAAGACUGCAGCCCUGCUGCUCGUGGGCAUCGACCUGAAGGAUUUGGGCAUUGACAUUGAUUUCACAACGAUCGCGGAAGAGAAGCAGCAAGAGGCGAACGACUGCCUUGCUCAAGCUCGUGAGUACCUUGCAAAAAUGAACGACCAAAAAUACCCUCUUGGCAAACUGCAACAACUAGCUGCCGCCCACAAAGCCAUUGUGGACGCCCUAACAAAACUCUUACCUUCAUCAUCAUCUGCGGACGAGAUUCUUCCUACUUUGAUUUACUCUCUUGUCACCUGUCCGCCCGAGGGAAUCAACAUCAUCAGCAAUUUGCUCUUUAUCCAACGGUUUAGAUCGUCCAACAAGGUCGAUGGGGAAACCGCAUACUGCUUGACCAACCUGGAAGCCGCUAUCAGCUUCCUGGAGAAUGUUGAGUUAUCUAGUCUGCGGGCCGAUGAAAUGCAGGAGGGACCUGUCAAUACUCCCAGUGAGAGCGCAACUCCAUCAUCAGAACGAGUCGAUCCUUUCCGGCCAACAAAAGAGAUCACAACCCCGGCGGUAACGACGGUGUCUGCAUCAACUGAAAUCGCGAAGCCUGAAAGCAAAGAGCCGACCCUCUCUACAUUGCCUCGGCUUCGUCCGUCCCCAACUCCGCAGCAACGCCGCUUGAGCAACCUCUUCCAGCCCCCAGCCAAGGUUCUGGAAGCUGCCAAUGAUGCUGUCCGUAGCACCGCAGACCAAAGUUUGAAGAACAUCAGCGCUUCUUUGGAUAACAGCUUCAACUUUCUAUUCGGCCGUCUCAAGGAAUUACAAAAUAACCAAGGACCUAAUGCAGACGGGAAUGGGCCCGUUCUACCAAAAACAUUGGCCGAAGCUCGCAGAUUAGUCGCCAACCCACCAGCCAACAAACAAAACCUGACCUCAGAAGAGAUCGAGUCACUCGAUUCUUUUUCCAAUGAAGAAACGGCGCGCCACCCUACAAGGACUACAAGCCUUGCCAGCGGAAGCCGGACACCGCGUGACCGCAGCACCGACAGUGCAAGGACCCAAGCGAGCAGCAAAAUGUCCAUUGCCAAUUCGUUGCGAGACGAAGCUGCCCAAUCGCCGGCCGCAGCUACCAGUCCCAAUCCCCUAGAGUCCAUGCGAAACUUCGGCAACUCGCUCAAUCCUCUCAAUCACAUCCCGGGAAUGAUAAAGAACUUCGGCCGCAAUGUGCCCGAGACCCCUGGUGCUCGAGCAAUUUCUCCUGCAGCAAUGGACCGUUUGAAGCUAUCGCCAGCCUCGACGGAUGGCGCCCCGAGCCCGCUGCCCUCAUCUUCCUCGAAAGACGACCCUCCCAUCCAGCGCUUCCUUGAAACUCAAGAUGCGCGGGAUCUCCGCCUUGGAGACGUCGCUGUUCUGCUCGAAGACUAUAAAAGGUUGGCUGCGGCACUUGCAAAAGCUACCGGGGGAUCUCGCUGA